UAUAAUUAUUAUUAUUACAAUUAUUCUAAAUUUCUGAAUUCGUUCUAACCUUCUAACCUGUUAAUUAUUUUAUUUCAUCACUUAUGUUUCUUGUUAGUUCUCUGGUCUACUCUUCUGCGUAAGGUAYUUGCUAUCCACCAUUUAUUUCACCACAAAUUGGUCUUAUUUAUUCGUUAGUCAUUACUAGUGAGUAGUAACACAAGUGAACGGCCAUCUACAAAUACUUUCAAAUUACUAAUCUUUGAGUUCUUGAGAAAUUAGCUGUGGAUCCCCGAUUGAUUACAGUACAUUGAGGAAAAUUAUAAAAUAUUUAUAGAAUAACAGUAUAACUUACAAGAGUUUAAAUUACCAUAUAAUAUUAUUAAAUGGAACAGUAUUGUCACAAUAAUUAUGCAUAGUUGUUUUCAAUCAGCAUACUUAUAGUUUUAUUUUGUGUAUAAAUAUCUUCACAUUUAUUUUUAAAUAAUUAUUUAUUACCUAACAUGGAUUCGUUAAUUAAAAGUGUUGGUGAGAGUGAUUAUCAACCAGAAAAAUAUGUAAAAGAGUUAUCUCAAAGAUGUAUGGGUCCUGAAGAAUUGUUACAACAGAGAACAAAUGUACAAUCCUUGGGUGAACAAAUAAAUACAAUGCUCAAGAAAAAUGUAUUUUACAAUUAUAUUCAAUUUAUUGAUACCGCCAAAGAAAUUGCUAAUUUAGAAGGUGAAAUGUAUCAGUUGUCACAUUUGUUAACUGAACAAGCAUCUUUACUUAAUUCAUUGGCUAGUUCUUCAAUUGUUAGCGAACAAAUUUCUAAUUCUGGCCAAGAAGUAAAUGGCGUUCAAAAUGUUGAAAUAGAUAAUGUAGUUGAAGAAAAAAGAGUUCAUAAAUUGCUGAAUAUUAUGGAAAAAGUUGAAAACUGCAAUAAUUUAGUUGAUGUUCCUGAUCGUAAAUGUUUGCAUGAAGGAGAUUUAUUAGAAUUGGAUCCUAUUGAAAAUACACCAGUCCAAAGAAUUCAUUGUUAUCUAUUUACUGAUAUUUGUAUUGUUACCAGUUGGUUGUCUAGCAGACGAGGACCAGCUAGAUAUAGAUUUCAGUCAAUGUAUGAUUUAUGUAAUCUUGCUGUUGUAAAUAUUAAAGAUAUUAAAAAUUCUUUUAAAUUGCUUGCUUUUCCGGAAACAAGAGUAUUUCAAGCACCAAACACUGGACUUAAGAAUGAUUGGUUAUCAAAAUUUGAAGUCGCUAAAAAGUCACAAAUCUUGGUUGAAAACAAAACGAAAAGUACUAUCGACCAUAAAAUGAUCCAAAGAACAGAUUCCAUUCAAUUAGUUCAUAAUUCAUUUGAACCUGAAACACAAGAACCAGAAUUACCAGAAUGGAUUAUUGAUUUAGCAGAUGAUUUAGAUGUAUUAAUUGCUCAAAGACAUUUUGAAGAUGCUAAUUCUUUGAUAACUAAAGCCAGGAAAUAUUUAGAUGAACACAAAAAUCAAAUAUCAACAUCAAUUGAACAAGAAAUAAAAACUAAAUUGGAAAAUCGUAUUCAAGCAUUAACAUUAGUCCUAACUAAAGAACUUCAAGUUUCUCCAGAUAAAUCACAUAAAGGUGGAUUACGAGCAGCUCGAAGAGCAGUUAGAAUAUUAAAUCAAUUGGAUAAAUCUUCACAAGCAUGUGAUCUAUUCCUGAAAGUUUGCUCAAAUUUAUUAAAAUCUCAAUUACAGUAUGUAAAACGUGAUGGUGCAAUGUCAACAUUUGUUAAAAAAUAUUCAAUGGUAUUUUUUGGAACUACAAUAGAAAUUACACAUGAAUUUUUAUACAAAGCUUUUCCAAAUAGUGCAUCAUGUUCUUCAGCUUUUAUUUUAUGGACAAUUCAAGAAGUCAAUGAUUUUAUGGUAGUUUUAAUCAAACAUAUGUUUGUUCCUCAAACAUCAUUAUCCAAUUUAUCUGAGUGUAUAAAAGUGAUACACAAAAAUUGUCAAGAGGUAAUAUUAAUAAAUGAUAUUAAGGAAAAGACUAUUGAAGUAAUUAAAAUAAGAUUUUCCGAGGACAAAUGGAAACCUUUCAAUCUAAAAACUAAACAACAGAGAGAUAAAAUUGUUGAUGAAUUUACAAAUUAUGGUUUUUCAAACAUUGAAUCUUACAAUAAAGGUGAUUCGUGGAUAAUGCUAACUCAAAACACAAUAACAUUCACUCGUACUUACUUAUUACUUUUAAAUGAUUGCUUAGUGCUUUAUUCAACUGAUUUGGCAAAUGUUAUUGAUCAACUACUUUAUGAAGUUUUUGCUGCUCAUUGUAAUUACAUAAAGAGCUCUAUGAAAAAUAAAAACUUUGUAAAUGAUAUAAAUAUUAUUACAACAAAUGCCAGAUUUAUCCUAGACAUAUUUUUAUCCCAUUGUUUCAAAUUGUAUUCGGCAUCUACUGGAAAUGUAAAUCCACAAAUUCACACUCGUUUAAAAUCAGAAUUUGGUGUAAUUCCUACCCAAAAUAUAACUGGAUAUAUUUAAAAUUGUAUAUUUAUUUUCAUAAAAUAGUUAUAUUGUUUUAAAUGUUUUAAUACUGAAUAAUAA